AUGCGGGUGGACCCGCAGUGCGUGAGAUGUGGAAUGGGAGAGGAGACUAUCAACCAUAUGCUCUUUGAGUGUCCUCCGGCGCGCCAGGCAUGGGUACUCUCCCCCAUACCUACACCUCCUCAGCAUUUUCCUACGGACGCACUUUUUUCAAAUAUGGCACACCUAUUUUGGAACCUCCCAGAUGAUGAUGAUAUGUCGAUGUACCCAUGGUUGCUAUGGUUCAUUUGGAAAGCUCGGAAUUACAAAGUUUUCUCAAAUGAUAAUCAUAAUCCACAUGAUGUAAUGGAAUCCGCAAUAACGGAAGCAAGGGCAUGGGCAGUGGCCCAAACGGUGAUAGACAGUAUGCGUAGUAAUAUUUCCUUACACUCCGGACCAGUCCCACCGGGGGAACGGUGUCAGAUUGAUGGAGCAUGGAAAGUGACGGAAAGUCGGGCAUGA